AUGGCAAACGGGACUGGAAGUAUCAUGCUGAAAUGCGUGGUAGUCGGUGACGGGGCCGUAGGGAAAACUUGUCUCUUGAUGAGCUAUGCCAACGACGCUUUUCCUGAGGAAUAUGUGCCAACCGUUUUUGAUCAUUACGCAGUGAGUGUGACGGUUGGAGGCAAACAAUACCUGCUUGGACUUUAUGACACUGCGGGUCAGGAGGACUACGACCGCCUUCGCCCUCUCUCCUACCCUAUGACCGACGUCUUCCUCAUUUGUUUCUCCGUGGUGAAUCCGGCCAGCUUCCAGAACGUGCGGGAGGAGUGGGUCCCAGAACUCCAGGAAUACGCACCCAAUGUUCCAUAUCUGCUUAUCGGUACUCAGAUCGACUUAAGAGAUGACCCAAAGACCAUUGCCAAGCUGAAUGACGUGAAGGAGAAGCCUAUCGUCACGGAGCAGGGGCAGAAGCUGGCGAAGGAGAUCGGAGCCUGCUGUUACGUGGAAUGCUCUGCGCUGACGCAGAAAGGCCUAAAGACUGUGUUUGACGAGGCCAUCAUCGCCAUUUUGGCUCCAAAGAAAGGAGCGCUGAAGAGACGUCUGGGGCCGCGCUGCAUCAACUGUUGCCUGAUCACGUGAAGGAAGGUAGCCGGUAACAAGAGCAUGGCAGCGGUGACCGGCGGAAC